UUUCCAAGCUUGAUGUUCCUCCCUCGCCUGCGUUUUUUAAAAAGUCAUGUCAAGACCUGCCAACGAGAGACAUUUUCUCAAGUGAACACUGGCUUCUGGGAAGAUCUUGCCUAGACGAGACUGUGAUGAGGGAUAUGAUGACGCUGGUCUUUGAUAGCUUGGAUACUACUAGGCCUCUGUUUGUUUUUGACUAUUUUUCGGCUUUGUGGGUGCCCUCAGAUUAACACUGGUCUAUUGGGUCUGGGCAAGACUAAGCAGUGCGGCCUUUAUUACCAAGCUUCUAAUAAGUGUUGUGCUGAGAAAGUACUUUUAGAACCAAAAGCAACCCUGCGGUCCUCAAUCAGCACAUGAGGAGGCAACUGUGCAUAUAGUGGCCCUACUGCAUUAGAAGCAUCUCGAUGUCACUUAACAGUUUGUAGGGAGUUCGCUGCAUUGGGAAAGAACUAGUGAAUGCAUACUCCUUAAUGAUGUGGAAGAUGUCAAAUUUGUCAUCAAUUAUGACUACCCUAACUCAUCUGAAGACUAUAUUCAUCGCAUUGGAAGAACAGCGCGCAGUCAAAAAACAGGCACAGCCUACACUUUCUUUACUCCCAACAACAUGAAACAAGCCAACGAUCUCAUCUCUGUCCUCCAAGAGGCAAACCAGGCCAUCAACCCAAAACUGAUCCAGAUGGCAGAGGACAGAGGAGGUCGUUCCCGUGGCAGUCGCAGUGGCUAUAAGGACGAUAGUCAUGAUCAGUAUUCUGGUGGGGGUAAGAGAGAUUUCAAUAGUUACAGAGAUAGGGAUAGUGACAGGGGUUAUAGUAGUGGACCAAAGGUGCAGAGUGGAGGCUAUGGAGGCAGCAGCUAUGACAAAAGUAACAAUAACAGCAGUAGCUAUGGUAAUGGCUAUAGUGGCAAUGGACAUGCCAGCUAUAAUACAGUGAACUCAGUUGUUGCCUUUGGAAAUCAAAACUUCCCAAACCAGUCAUUUCCCGGAAACCAGGCUCCAGCACAGAAUGGGAUAAACCACCCACAGUACCUGUAG